CAGAAUCAUUCCAUUUGUUGAUUUUCCUUCAAUUUUCCCGUUGACUUCCCAAUCAAAAAUUGGGUUUGGCCUUCUUGUCCUUUUGAUCCGAUUGUUAGGUUUUUCUUCAUAUAUUUGAUCUCUCUCUCUCCUUCGGCUUUGGACCUUUUCUUCGUCGUCUCAGAUCCUCAACUUCACCGCGUUAUUUCUUUCAACUUCCCAGUUCCCACCCUUCGGUCUUCAUUUUUGUUCUCCGUGUUCUUCAUAGUGUUCAAGACGUCAGAAUCCUUGUCUUCUUGAAAGCCUAUUUGAUUUGGUUGCUCGCGGAGACCAUGCGGUGGUCGAUUGCUUCACGGAUUUUUAAAUUGCGGAGGACGAUCAAAGUAAGGGUAUGAUUUCGUUUUUCUGCUUUGUGGUUGAAUUCUUACUGUUGUGUUCGGCCUGAAUCUUGAAAUUUCUGGUGAGAUUUGAUUUAGAAAGUGUUUUCUAGGUUUUCUGUUGGAGGAUUGUGAUUGUUUAGAUUGUUAAGAGAAGUGAAAUUUGAUUUGUUUGGUGUUUUGUUGGGAUAAGUUCUUGUGGAAAUGGAUAGGAAUAGGCAGAAUGAGAAUUUAGGCGUGAACAAAUUGGGGAAGAACAUUAGGAAGAGCCCAAUUCACCAGCCAAAUUUUGGAAAUAAUGCUGCUAGGCCUCAACCCCAGCCACAAAUUUACAAUAUAAGCAAGAAUGAUUUUAGGAACAUUGUUCAGCAGCUUACAGGCUCACCAUCUCAGGACCCUCACCCUCCUAGAGCUCCACAAAAUCCACCAAAACCCCAAAGCUUGAGGUUGCAGAGAAUACGACCUCCUCCGUUAACGCCGAUUAAUCGACCGAACAUGCCUGCUCCUAUCCCUGCCCCUGUUCCUGUGCCUCCACCCCAGGCUCUACUCACUAAUAAUGUGCCAAGGCCUGCACAAUUUGCUCAGCCACCUCCUAGACAAUUACCACCAUUGGCACCGGGAGGAGACUCGCUUUGGCCGAACCCUGCUGCUGAGUCCCCCAUUUCAGCAUACAUGCGUUACCUUCAAAAUUCAAUGAUGAAUCCAUCUCCAAUGGCGAACCAGUUACCACAAACGCAGAUUCCUGGUCAAAUGCAUCCUCCUCAAGCACCACCAUCUGGUUUAUUGCCUUAUCCUAAUCCACCUGUUCCUGCUCUUCCACCCUCGAGAUUAAACGGUCCUCCACCGCCCGUGCCAAACUUUCCUUCACCGAACUGGAACGCUCCCGCCCUUUUACCGUCCCCAACUUCCCAGUUUCUAUUGCCUUCUCCUACUGGCUACUACAAUUUGUUGUCCCCAAAAUCACCAUAUCCAUUACUUUCUCCAGGAAUACAGUUUUCUCCGCCGCUGACUCCUAAUUUUUCAUUUCCAUCCACGCCUCAAUCAGGGAUCUUAGGUCCAGGGCCUCAUCCACCACCUUCCCCAGGGGUUAUGUUCCCAUUGUCUCCUUCCGGGUUUUUUCCCAUCUUGAGUCCAAGAUGGAGAGAUCAAUAACCCUCCAAGCGUUUUCGUGUUUAAUCGUUCCAUGCCUGCUGACAUUUUCAUCUGCUUGUGAAGAUGGUUACCAAGCUCAUGGUGUAAGCUACCUAGCUGCCCUUUUUCUGUUUUAUAUCUUUCUAUUAGUUUAAUCUUUUUAACAUUUUAAAUUGUAAAAUCCUUCUGCUUCUCAUUUUGGGUCUGGAAAAUCUGAUUCUGUAACUUCUGUAAUUCCUAGUAGGCAAUAUAUAGUGAAGAUCAAGCCACCAAAAUUGUAAUACUAUUUGUAACAGGAAGAACAGAGCUGUAACCUUAGACAUAGGAUCAUAGAUGUCGAGUUGAUAACAUGGUUGGUGGGUCGGUCGGUCUAGUUGAAUAAUAGUCCAAUUCUGUAAGAUUGAUUGAACGAAUAUUGUUUGGUAUCUAAGUUCUUCUUUUAGCUGGCUUGUAGAGGGAAAUGUAGAAGUUGUGCAUUUUUUAUGCC